AUGACAGCAAUUCUCUUCAGACAGAAAACCUAUACUACUCAAGAAGACCCAUAUUACUCAAAAAGACCCAUAUUACUCGAAAAGACCCAUAUUACUCAAAAAGACCCAUAUUACUCAAAAAGAUCCAUAUUACUCAAAAAGACCCAUAUUACUCAAGAAGACCCAUACUACUCAAAAAGACCCAUAUUACUCAAGAAGACCCAUACUACUCAAGAAGACCCAUAUUACUCAAGAAGACCCAUACUACUCAAAAAGACCCAUACUACUCAAGAAGACCCAUAUUACUCAAGAAGACCCAUAUUACUUAAGAAGACCCAUAUUACUCAAGAAGACCCAUAUUACUCAAAAAGACCCAUAUUCCUCAAGAAGACCCAUAUUACUCAAGAAGACCCAUACUACUCAAAAAGACCCAUAUUCCUCAAGAAGACCCAUAUUACUCAAGAAGACCCAUACUACUCAAGAAGACCCAUAUUACUCAAGAAGACCCAUACUACUCAAGAAGACCCAUAUUACUCAAGAAAACCCAUACUACUCAAAAAGACCCAUAUUACUCAAGAAAACCCAUAUUACUCAAGAAGACCCAUACUACUCAAAAAGACCCAUAUUACUCAAGAAAACCCAUACUACUCAAGAAGACCCAUAUUAAUCAAGAAGACCCAUACUACUCAAAAAGACCCAUAUUACUCAAGAAAACCCAUACUACUCAAGAAGAGCCAUACUAAAGAAAACCCAUACUACUCAAGAAGAUCCAUACAUUUUAUACAUUCUAUACACUGUGGUAUAAAAAGAAAAAUUAUGGAGAAUGAAUUUUGUGAGGACAAGGAUGAAUGGGAAACGCAAUCAGAAAUAAUUGGUCUCCAGGUUGUAAAGGAAGAGAAUGAAAAGACAUUAUAUGACUGCGAUGUGUGUGGUAAAUUAUUUUCUCAGAAAUGGAACCUUACAGCUCAUAAACGUGCUCACACAGGAGAAAAACCGUAUCACUGUGACAUCUGUGGUGUGUCAGUAUCACAAAAUGACCAUUUAAUUGAACACAAACGUAUUCAUACAGGUGAGAAACCAUAUAAUUGUGAUACCUCUGGUAAAUCAUUCUCUCAAAAAUCUAACCUCACCACUCACAUGUAUACUCAUACAGGUGAGAAGCAGUAUUGCUGUGAUACCUGCGGUAAAUCAUUCUCUGGAAGUAGUGACCUGACUAAACAUAGACGUAUUCAUACAAGAGAAAAAUCAUAUCAGUGUGAUACCUGUGGUAAAUCUUUCUCUGAAAAUAGUCACUUAACCAAGCACAGACGUAUCCAUACAGGUGAGAAGCCAUAUCAUUGCAACAUCUGUGGGAAAUCAUUCUCUCAGAACGAACACCUGAUUAAACACAAACGCGUUCAUACAGGUGAGAAGCCGUAUCAGUGUGAUAUCUGUGGUAAAUCAUUUACUCAAAGUGGUGACUUAACUGUACAUAAACGUACACAUACAGGAGAGAAACCAUAUCAUUGUGAUAUCUGUGGGAAAUAUUUUUCUGAUGGGAGUCAGUUUACCAAACACAAGCGUAUUCAUACAGGAGAAAAUCAAUUUUGCUGUGAUACCUGCGGUAAAUCAUUCUCUGGAAGUAGUGACCUGACUAAACAUAGACGUAUUCAUACAAGAGAAAAAUCAUAUCAGUGUGAUACCUGUGGUAAAUCUUUCUCUGAAAAUAGUCACUUAACCAAGCACAGACGUAUCCAUACAGGUGAGAAGCCAUAUCAUUGCAACAUCUGUGGGAAAUCAUUCUCUCAGAACGAACACCUGAUUAAACACAAACGCGUUCAUACAGGUGAGAAGCCGUAUCAGUGUGAUAUCUGUGGUAAAUCAUUUACUCAAAGUGGUGACUUAACUGUACAUAAACGUACACAUACAGGAGAGAAACCAUAUCAUUGUGAUAUCUGUGGGAAAUAUUUUUCUGAUGGGAGUCAGUUUACCAAACACAAGCGUAUUCAUACAGGAGAGAGGCCAUAUUUCUGUGAUAUCUGUGGUAUGUCGUUCGCUCAGAAGGAACAUGUAACGAAACACAAACGUGUUCACACGGGAGAGAAGCCGUAUCAGUGUGAUAUCUGUGGUAAAUCAUUCUCGCAAAGCGGCGACUUAACAAUACACAGACGUAUUCACACGGGAGAGAAGCCAUAUCAUUGUGAUAUCUGUGGUAAAUCUUUCUCCGAUCGAAGUCAGUUUACGAAACACAGACGCAUUCAUACAGGAGAGAAGCCAUAUCACUGCGAUAUCUGUGGGGCAUCAUUCUGUCAAAAGGUACACCUAACUAAACACAACCGUAUUCAUACCGGAGAGAAGCCAUAUCAGUGUAAUAUCUGUGGUAAAUCUUUCUCCCAGAGUGGAGACUUAAAUAUACACAAACGUAUUCAUACAGGUGAGAGACCAUACCACUGUGGUGUCUGCGGGAAAUCUUUCUCUGAUGGAAGCCAGUUCACUAAACACAAACGUAUUCAUACAGGGGAGAAACCAUAUCAUUGCGGUACCUGUGGUAAAUCCUUCUCUGAGACUGGUCGCUUGGCUAAACACAAAUGUAUUCACGCAGGAGAGAAGGGCCAUGACAACAAUAUCCAUGAUAUAUCGAUCAUUCAGGGAAAUUCUUUAACUACUUACAACUACACUGAAGGAGGAGAGGCACCAUAUCGCUCAUCAUCAUCAUUUUAACGCCCACUUUUCUAUACCUGCAUGAAUCAAACAGAACUUUUGCUGGGGCAGAUUUUUUCUUUUUUCGGCUGGGUGCUCUUUCUGUUGCAUACCUUCCAAAUAAGGUAAUGUUUCCCCAUGACCAGAUAUGUUUCUGCAAAGAUUGUCAAUGAAGAACAUCUUUUGCACGUCAGGGACAUUCAUAUACAACUAUUAUAUAUUAUGGGUAUAUAUGUGGGUGUGUAUGUGAAGGCACGUGGCUUAGUGGUUAGGGGCAUUUGGCUGCUCAUGAUCGUAAUGUCAUGAAUUCAAUUCACAGCGACACAUUGUGACCUUGAGCAAGACAGUUUAUUUCAUGUUGCUCGUUGCCCCAGUCCACUCAGCUGACAAAAACGUGUAGUACCUGUAUUUCAAAGGGCCGGCCUUGUCACACUUUGUUAUGCCAAAUCU